AUAACACUGGCUCAUCAACCUCCGACGACCUCAUACCACAUCGAGUUAUACCGCGAAUAUGGCGGACUCGAAGGGAAACGAGCCCGAGAAGGAUCUUAAGAAGCUCGAAAAGCAGCAGGAGUUGGAAGAUGCCGCCUUUCUCGCCAAUCUCGAAAAGGACUCGAAGGAGUUCGAUAAGGACAGCGAGAUCAAUCGCAUUAUGAACAGCUUUCGCGCCAACGCAUACGACGUGUUGGAUCUGCAGCCUGGUGUUCCCGAGGAAGAUAUCAAGAAGGCGUACCGAAAGAAAUCGUUGUUGAUCCAUCCGGAUAAAACGAGCAAUCCAUACGCCAAAGACGCCUUCGACCGACUCGCAAAAGCAUACCAGGCUCUUCUUGAUGAGAAGCAGCGCGAGAGGCUCGACGAGGCCAUUGCCGACGCGAGAAUGCUCUUGAUGCGUGACAAGAAGCUCACGGUGGACAGCGAGGAGGUCAAGGAUCCCGAUGUCAACUUCAUGAAAGAGUGGAAGGAGAAGGUCAAGUGGGUGCUUGCAGACAACGAGCUUCGUCGACAGCGACAGUUGAAGGCACAGAUGCAGGAAGAGGGUCGCGAGAAGAAGAGAGAGGAAGCGGAGCUGGCGGAACGCAAGCGGAAGCGUGAACACGAGCAGGACUGGGAGAAGACGCGGGACCAGCGCAUCGGGAGCUGGCGCGAGUUCUCACAAAAGAAGAGCGGAGAAAAGAGUGGCAAGCAGAAGAAGAAGAUGAAGACGCUCGGCUGAGACGAUAUCAUGCUCGCGCCGUUGUGCUGCAUGACACCAGACUUCUCUCGGUGCGCAGGGCAAUCAUCAUGGAGCGGUCGGUAAGGAUACUACCACGGCUCACGCGAUACGAAGAUACGAGGAGUGAGUUUAGCGAGGCGUCUGGCAUGGAAUUUGACAAUUUCCUCCCUCCUUCCCUCCCUCCCUCCGUUCCUGCGCGAUUCCUCCGGAUACCUGCACGUGGAGUGGUCCAGGAGGUCUUCUGACAUGUCUGGCGUUAUAAGGAGGUACUUACCUUGGCUGCUAUCGAGCUCCGUUGCGCCUGCCCUCCUCAUUCACGCUUCACAUAUGCCAUGCCGAAAGCAGUAUCUCAAGAGUUCUUGCGUCGUCGUCGUACCGUUCAGGAGUGGAAUCGUAGGUGUGGAACAUGUACGCCAAUGCAUCCACCUAUUGAUUCAGAGACUAGAAAUUGGCGAUGCCUCCGGCUUCUCCUCUUACUGCAAUGGUGCAGCCGCAAUCCAAUCUCGCAUACGGAGUGAAUGAAGUAAUCGGACCAGAGUGGAUCGGUGUCACUAGUAAACACCGCCCUGGGCCCAAUCCCACCAUAAAGUACGUGGACACGGGAUCGGACAAACGCCAGAGGCCAUUGUCAACACCAGCACCAACACCAACAUCGCCUUCCGCACCAACAUCGCCCUCCGCACCAUCCACGCCAGUUUCGCACAUGGCUCGUUCCAAGGCGGUCGUUGUCAAGAUGCCAGUUGCGCAAAUGACUGGUCCCAAUGCGCGCGUGGGAAAGCUGCCCGUCGCCAUUACGGCGCAGACACCAGCCGCCUCCAGAUCACGACUUCAGGCCGCCACUCAGUCGGUUCUCGUCAAUGGAGGACUGCCAACUGCUAUGCACAUCAACAAGCCAAUUCAGCUGCUCUUGGACCCUCCGUACGUGAAUGAACCAGAUCUCACAGCUGCCUUGCGGAUUCCGGAUGGCUCAGAAACACACCAGAAGUCAGCCCUGCAGGCGUUCUAUACAGCGAAUACGUUUGAGUGUGGGUAUCAUACGACAAUCACCAAUUUUCUACUUCAGCUGGAUACCGAGAAGCUGAAGUGUCUCCAGCCGGGCUCAGUGCGAUUGACGACCAAGUUGGCACAUAUGGGUUUCGUGAACCGAGCCUUGCAGGACUUCAACCAGCGCAGCGUCGACGGCUUGCUUCCCAGUGUGGUAGUUGUUCCCAUAACAGUCGAAGGCGAGAAACAAGACGUCUGGAUCAGCUGGACAGACGUCGAUGGGUAUGAUGGACUGGCGGGAGGAUGGCGGGCUGGAAAGGGCAAGGUCGUAACGAGAAAGCGACGUGCUUGAUGACGAUGUGUAUACUUAGCUGGUGAGAAGUACCUUACUGGUAUAUUACUGGUAUAGUACUAUAUUCACUGCAAAUGGCUAAGUUUUGUAGGAAUAGGAGGUAGGAGGAGGAGGUAGACAAAAAGAAGUUGAAAGCGUCGAUGAUCGGUCUCUAACGCGCCUGCUGCAUGAAGCCGCAGUGCCACCAGCCUCCGAUUUCGGGCUGUCCGAGACCACCCGAUUAAGUCAACAAACGCAACUUCAUGUUCUCUCUUCACUUCACUUCACUCUCAACACACACAGACACACACACCACACCCC